AACGACGACUUCAUGCAGCAGCCACAGAAUUGUGUGGGCGUUCGGAACUGGUUGAGCUGUAAAACGCAGAAGACAGUCUCCGUUUUUCGCGAUUUUUUCGACCUGCUCACAUACUCUUGCAUGAAUCCGACGACUCACAACGCGAACACCAUGGUGAACUUACAUUCUAGGACGCUUGUGGUGGAUUAUAUAUUUUAUAGACUCAACAGUCGGGGUUUGGAGUGGCCGACAUGUCCUCGGCUAUCACCCCCAACCAAAGUCAAUUUUACUAUGAGAGCACUCGGCGAUGAGUUUGAAACAAGGUACCGGGAUGUUUUUCAGGGAAUGUGCGAUCAGCUGCAUAUAACACCGAGUACGGCGUAUCCGACAUUCACGGCAGUUACUAAUGAAUUGUUCACGGAAGGAAUUACAUGGGGCCGUGUGGUUGCGAUGUACGCUUUUGGUGGUGCCCUUGCAGUUCAAUGUGUUGACAGAGAAAUGGCACAAUACGUCGACCGUGUUGUCGACUGGAUAACGCAGUACACGGACAAUAAUUUAUCGCAAUGGAUAUCAGAAAACGGAGGAUGGAAUGGAUUAGUGCAUUUUUAUGAAGGAACGAGAGAUAACCCUUCUAAUUCAUGGCCGUCAGGAAAGGCGCUCUUCGGUGUUGCAGCCCUUGGACUUGUGACUUUGGGUGCUACACUAUUAACCAAGACGUAAUUUAACUAUGUAUUUUAAAACAUAGAGAAACCAAGUUAUUUAUUUAUGUGCACUAGCAGUGGAUAUAUUCAUGUGUGCCAGCCAGAAUGACUCCAUGCCAUGGUAAUUACAGCGUGUCCUAGCAGGAAUUGUGUGUGCUGUCGUCAAUAUGUAUAUUGUUGUAUCAGCACAUAGUAGUCAUAGCAGAGAAAGGCAUGGGAAUAGCAAUGCCCACCCACUCACUGUUAACCUGGGCGUUUGUGCCACAACGAUUUACAGUCAGAGUGUUCCCUCUAAGCCACACCUGAACAGAUUGCAAGGAGGAUUCAUUCGACUUUGACGAAGGCAGCGAGGCGAAGAAAAAAACUAUCCAUCUUCGAGUCAUGGCUUGAAAUAAACACUUCAUGAAAUCAAAACAAACAACCAAAAAACCAAAAAACAAAGCGUAGUAUGUGUGGUAUGCAAGAACUAUAAUAAUAUCACUAUUGUUUUGUCGGUGUCGUCUUUCUAUAAUAUUAUAUACUGUAUAGCAUGAUGUAUUUUAUGGUAUUUAUCCCGUUUUGUUCAUUUACAAUUUUUUUUUAACCAACGCUGUUACCUGACCUAUUUGCGGUCAACUAACGUAUUUAUAUUUAUGUGUCGAAAGUUCGACAAAGCCAGGGAUAUCAAAAAUAUUAUACAAAUUUAAUUUUGAAAAAAAUGUUGAUGUAAUUCUUUUCAUAAAAAUGCAAGGAAUUGUAAAAAUAU